AUGGCCCCCAAAGCACAGCCGUCGCUCUCAAUGCUAUUCCAUCCAAAGAAAGGCCCUAAACAAGAAAAAUCAUCAACACCGAAGCCCGUACCCUCAAAUUCUCGUCCCAAAUCUUUCCCGGAAGAGGACGAAGAUGAGUUGAAACUUCCCGAUGGGCCUUUUCAAGAUUUCAGACUACUGUCUUCCGCCCUUAAUGGCUGGAAAUACGAUGUCAUGAAGUUUGACUCUCGCAAACCCGUAGAGAUAUCCAAGUGGACAGCGCCCAUCAAAUUAAACAGAAAGGACUUACGGCGUGACGAGGGAGUAACGAACGGUGCGCCAGAAGCUGUGGGGCCAAUGCUUGGGCCAGAUGGGAAGCCUGUAGUUGGCGCUGACGGGAAGAUGGUUAUGGUCGACGUUGAUGGGCGGCCGAUAAAUAACCGAGAUGACAGUUUGGGUAUAGGAAAAGGCAAAGACAAAGACAAAGGAAAAGGGGUCGCAAACGGAAAGAAACGAUUUCAAAAGAAGACGAGGCAGGUGUUCUAUGUCCCCGAGGAGGUGAGGCAGCUGCGCCGGGAGGAAAGGUACCCAUGGGUGAUGGAGGAUUCGUCAUCGAUGCACAACGAGCUUUGGAUUGGCCAGAUGGAGGACGCAUCCAAGUCCGAGACCCAUGCUUUUUUCAUGCCCGCCGCAAACGACGUAUUCAAGUUCGUGCCUGCCCAUCGUUGGUAUAAAUUCCAAAAGCGACUCAAACACGAUCUUCCGACGGACACUGCUAAAGUGGAGUCACUAUAUACUCUUAGUCAGAAGCGAGACCCGCAAGCGUGGCUAGCCAGUCGGAACGGCGGAAAGGGUCCGUCCGCUGCGACUGCAGCCAUGUUCAAAGCGGAAGCUAAUCCUGUUGUUGCCGGCGAGGGGCAAAGUUUAGGACCAGGGGGGCGGAAAUUGAAAGCGGUCGAUAGCGGGAUGAACGGUUUAUUUGAUGAUGAGGAUGAUGGAGCUCAGAGUCGGAGAGAAAAAGAACUCGGAGAGGAAGGCGACUUGGAUGAACAAGUCUACGAGGAAGACUUUGCAGAUGACGAAGAGAAGAUGGAUUUGGAUGAAAAUGAUGAAGAAGCAAAGGAACUGGAGGAACGACUCAAACGAGAGUAUAAGGCUGCUAAUAAGCAACGGGAUACCGGGGUAGAUGACUCGGACGAGAAAGAAGAACCCACGAAAAGCAAACAAGCGAAGGCGAUGCAAAAGAUGAUCCGUAAUAGAGAAGGCAAUGAGGCAUACGAGUCUGACGAGGACGAGAACCCGUACGCGAGUUCAGAGGAGGAAGAAGAAGAAGAAGAGGAACUUCCGGUUCCAACUGGACCUGCAAUCCAGCAACAACAAGCGGAUUCCAGACCCAAUACGCCCAAACUACAUCCAAACCGCCCUAAUGCAAUAUCCAAACCUGGUUCACGAGCUACAUCCCCAUCUAAUUCCCCUGGACUUGGCGGCCACACUAUGGUGGCCAAGCGUGCUACAAGUCCCAAGGUACCCAAGCCCAGACCUGUUGGCAGUGCUAGUGGCGGUAAUAGUCCCCUUGGAAGUCGAGCAAACAGUCCUGUGGCAGGUAGCCGAGCAACUAGUCCCGCACGGUUGGAUAGUAUCAACGGUAACCAGAAGAAACGGAAGGCCGAUGAUUCUUUGAACUCGACUGUAGCCUCGCCAAACAGUGUUCCGCCGCCCAAGCCAAAGAAGCGAAAGGGACAACCACCCGGGACAGUCCCAGUCCCGGUUUCCCCGGCAGAACUGGAAAUGAUGCUGGUGGAAUGGUUGAAAAAUACGCCAAACGCCACUACACGAGAUUGCAUCCAGCACUUUACACCAUAUCUGACGGAUGGUGACAAAAAGACUGGAUUUUCUGCGAUGGUACGCAAGGUUGCCCAAUUGAAGGGAGGUGUUUUGGCAUUACGUACGAUCGUUACGUAA